GUACUAAAUGGGUUGGGUCGCUUGAAUGGCCGAAACCGGCCCAACCCAGCCCAUGUGCAGCCCUAGUUGGGGUGCCGGGACGGGAUGAAUAUCCAGAUGAGAAAUAGUGGAGAAAAAGAAAGAAAUAGCGGAGAAAAAGAAAUGGUUAUCUGUCUUGGCAGGCAGGUAGAUUGUUGCUAUUAUUGUUAAGAAACACAAACAAACUGUUGUAUAUUCCAAUAAUCUUGAGAGAGAGAGAGAGAGGGAGAUUAUUGAAUCACACAUAUAUAUACACGAGAGAGGGAGAGAGAGAUCUGGAUUGAUGGCAGCUGCGUCUUCGUUGAAGUCGUCUAGGUCUACGAGAGGAGGCUCCGCAACAGCAGGAGUAGGAUUAGUAACAGCAGCUACAACAAACACAGCAACAACAGCCACCAAGGAUUUAGCACCAAAGCUCGAAGAGAGUCUCAAUGUCUUCAAGUCUGACCGUUUCGAUGCCGACGCCUUUGUUCAAUCCAAGUGCCAUUCUUUCAACGAAAAGGAAAUAAGGCAAUUAUGCUCAUAUCUCCUAGAUUUAAAGAGAGCGUCUGCUGAGGAAAUGCGUAGAAGUGUUUAUGCUAAUUAUCCAGCGUUCAUCCGAACAUCAAAAGAGAUUUCAGAUCUAGAGGGUGAACUUUCAUCUAUCAGAAACCUUUUAUCAACUCAAGCAACUCUAAUUCAUGGCUUAGCUGAGGGAAUUCACAUCGAUUCUUUAGCAUUCACUGUCCCUGAUGGUUCUGCAAAUGGAUUGUCUAUUGGCAAAGAUAAGGAUUCUUCAGGCUUAGAGAAAUGGUUGGUUGAGUUUCCUGAUCUCCUUGAUGUUUUGUUAGCAGAAAGAAGAGUAGAUGAAGCUUUGGCCGCCCUUGACAAAGGAGAACAGUUGGCUUCUGAGGCAAAAGAAAAGGGAACGUUAAGUCCAUCUUCGCUCAUAACACUGCAGAGUACUAUCACUGAACACAGGCAAAAGUUGGCGGAUCAGCUUGCCGAAGCUGCUUGUCAACCUUCCACACGUGGCAGUGAGCUACGUUCUGCUAUUACAGCUCUAAAAAGGCUUGGGGAUGGGCCUCGUGCUCAUAGUUUACUCCUUAGUGCACAUUAUCAAAGAUAUCAGUACAACAUGCAAACUCUUCGUCCAUCAAACACCUCAUAUGGAGGAGCAUAUACUGCAGCUCUCUCACAACUUGUGUUCUCUGCCAUCGGCCAAGCUUCUAGCGACUCUUUGGCUAUUUUUGGUACUGAGCCCUCUUAUACCUCUGAACUUGUAAUGUGGGCUACAAAACAAAUUGAGGCCUACGCACUGCUUGUCAAAAGACAUGCCUUGGCUUCUUCUGCUGCUGCUGGCGGUUUAAGGGCUGCUGCAGAAUGUGUACAAAUUGCUUUAGGUCAUUGUUCAUUACUGGAAGCUCGGGGUUUGGCACUCUGCCCUCUGCUUCUUAAACUCUUCCGGCCUAGUGUUGAGCAAGCACUAGAUGCUAAUUUGAAACGUAUUGAAGAGAGUACUGCUGCCUUGGCAGCAGCUGAUGAUUGGGAGCUAACCUAUCCUUCUACAAUUGCACGGCAAUCUGGCAGGUCUUCUGCAUCACUUGGCCCCUCUGUCUCAUAUCACUAUAAACUCUCAAUUAGUGCCCAUCGAUUCAACAUGAUGCUCCAGGAUUUCUUUGAGGAUGUUGGACCAUUAUUAAGUAUGCAAUUAGGUGGCAGAACUUUGGAAGGCUUAUUCCAGGUGUUCAACUCAUAUAUCAACUUGCUUAUAAAAGCAUUACCGGGUUACUUGGAGGAAGAAGCCAACCUUGAAGGCUCUGGAAAUAAAAUUGUCAGAAUGGCUGAGACUGAAGCGCAGCAAAUUGCCUUGCUUGCAAAUGCAUCCUUAUUGGCUGAUGAUAUGUUACCACGUGCAGCGAUGAAACUUUCCUCUAUUAAUCAGGCUAAUUAUAAAGAUGAAUCCCGCAGAAAGGUUUCAGAUAGGCAAAAUCGACAUCCCGAGCAAAGGGAAUGGAAGAGGCGUCUUGCUAUGUCAGUUGACAGAUUAAAAGAUAACUUCUGUAGACAACAUGCUCUAGAUCUUAUUUUUACCGAGGAAGGUGAUAGCCAUCUCACUGCAGACAUGUACAUAAACAUGGAUGGUAACAUGGAUGAAAUAGAACCUUCUCCCAUAUUUCAGGAACUGUAUUUAAAGCUUAAUAGGAUGGCUACCAUAGCAGCUGAUAUGUUUGUUGGGAGGGAAAGAUUUGCGACAUUGUUAUUGAUGAGGCUUACAGAAACAGUUAUCUUGUGGCUUUCAGAAGACCAAAGUUUUUGGGACGAUAUUGAAGAAGGACCAAGGCCUUUAGGUACUCUCGGCCUUCGUCAGUUCUAUCUGGAUAUGAAGUUUGUCAUGUGCUUUGCUUCUCAAGGGCGUUACCUUUCUCGUAAUCUCAACCGAGUCGUGAAUGAGAUCAUAUCCAAAGCAUUGACGGCAUUUUCAGCGACUGGGAUAGAUCCUUAUAGUGAACUUCCCGAAGAUGAUUGGUUCAUAGACAUAUGUCAGGAUGCAAUAGAGAAGCUCAGUGGAAAGUCAAAAGUAUCGAAUGGAGAGCGUGAUUUGAACAGCCCAACUGCUUCUGUCUCGGCACAAUCGGUUUCAUCUAUCAGAUCGCACGGAAGUUCCUGAUGUACAGUUCAGAUAUAUGUAAAUUGGACAGUAAUGGCAUUCAUUCUGGUUCCAGAAGCUGUCUUUGCAUUCAUAUCAACUUCUCAGGAUUUAGUUUCUUCAGAUUUGUCAAAAAAUUGUUUGUUAAAACUAAGUAUUUUUAUUGUUGUGCAGCCGUGGGGAGUAUUCGAGUUUGUAAAUCUUAGUUUGUUCAUUUUAAUAAAAAUGUAUAUCAUUCUUUUUAAGCAGUCAACUGAUUACUGUUUGAUUGUAGAUGAAUUCUUGAUGGUGUUCUGACUUGGAUCUAUGAAAUAGAUUGUGUCUUUUUAA